CUUCCGGGGCGGUGGGGGAAUAAGAUGGCGGCGCCCAUGGAGGUAGCAGUGUGUACAGACUCCUCUGCCCAGUUGUGGAGCUGCAUCGUGUGGGAAUUGCACUCGGGCGCUAACCUGCUGACGUACCGCGGCGGCCAGGCUGGGCCCCGGGGCCUGGCGCUGCUCAAUGGCGAGUACCUGCUGGCGGCGCAGCUGGGCAAGAACUACAUCAGCGCCUGGGAGCUGCAGCGGAAGGAUCAGCUCCAGCAGAAGAUCAUGUGCCCCGGGCCUGUCACCUGUCUGACCACAUCACCCGACGGCCUCUACAUUUUGGCAGGGAUUGCAGAGAGCAUAUACCUAUGGGAAGUCUCCACAGGGAACCUCCUGGUCAUCCUGAGCCGCCACUACCAGGACAUCUCCUGCCUGCAGUUCACAGGGGACAGCAGCCACUUCCUCUCGGGUGGCAAGGACUGCCUGGUGCUGGUGUGGAGCCUAUGCAGUGUGCUACAGGUAGACUCCUCCAGGACUGCGGCCCCUCGGCACGUCUGGUCCCGCCACACCCUUCCCAUUACAGACCUGCACUGUGGUUUUGGGGGGCCCCUGGCCCGAGUGGCUACAGCCUCACUGGACCAGACAGUGAAGCUGUGGGAGAUCUCCUCAGGCGAGCUGCUGCUCUCUGUGCUCUUUGAUGUGGGUGUUAUGGCUGUGACGAUGGACCUAGCUGAGCAUCACAUGUUCUGUGGUGGCAGUGAGGGCUCCAUCUUCCAGGUCGACCUCUGCACCUGGCCUGGACAGAGAGAGAAGAACUUCCAACCAGAACAGGACAGCGGGAAGGUGUUCAAAGGCCACAGGAACCAGGUGACCUGCCUGUCAGUUUCCACUGAUGGCAGUGUGUUGCUCUCCGGCUCACAUGACGAGACGGUGCGCCUUUGGGACAUCCAGAGCAAGCAGUGCAUCAGGACGGUGACCCUCAAAGGCCCGGUGACCAACGCCUUCAUUAUGCUGGCGCCGGUCAGCAUGCUGAGCUCCGACUUCAGGCCCAGCCUCCCUCUGCCACACUUCAACAAACAUCUUCUGGGUGCUGAGCAUGGGGAUGAGCAGCACCGAGGGGGCCUUACUCUGCGCCUGGGCCUCCACCAGCAGGGCUCAGAGCCCAGCUACCUGGAGCGAGCAGAGCAGCUGCACAUGGUGAUGUGUAGCACGAUGGAAAAGAAUGUGUUGGGUGGCCAGGACCAGCUGCGGAUCCGAAUCACAGAGUUGGAAGAUGAGGUGCAGAACUUGCGCAAGAUCAAUCGAGACCUGUUUGACUUCUCUACCCGCAUCAUCACCCGGCCUGCCAAGUGAGUGCAGGGACCCAGACCCCUACCCAUGGACAGACUGACAGCUGCACACCUGGGGGCCACUGGGCCAAAGCCCUCAGACCAGCAGCAGUGCUACAAGCUCACCUUUCCCUGGUUCCAUGUUUGCAUUGUGACCUGCACGAGGGGUUGUUUUGUCUUUGUUGAUCCACUGGUGUCUGUUGUGUCCAGUUGGUGCUAUUUUGUUUUUAACAAAAGACCUAAAAGCCUGUCCUCUUCA